AUGUCCGUCACAUUUGAGAUUCAACUCUCUGGAUUAAAUGAGAAUGAACCAAAAGUCGAUCGUCUGUUAACCAAGCCAAAGAUACCGUCCCGGCCAGUACCAUGUUCAAGCCGAAACUACAGAGACGGUGGCCAGACAGAGGACGAAUCUGUUCUGGUUAUCUUGCCAACCAAUCCCAGCUUCCCCAUUCCAAAGGGCUGUUCAUGCCUUGUCAAACCUACAUGGAUCCUGGCUUUAGCCAAGAUUUCGAAGCCUACUUUAAUCGUGUUUAAAGUGGGUUCGACCACCUGCCUUCGGACGGGACGGAAAUGGAGAACGGAGCAUCACGAUGAGUAUACGUUUAGGGCCGAGCAGCGAAGCGUCUUAGACGGCUCCCAGCCGUGA